CAUGAACUAUCGUAUUUGCUACAAAAACUAUUGAAAACCGAGUUGAUAAACAGAACAACAACAAUUUAAGUGCUCUGUUUGGGACUUUAGACAGCCAUGAUGUUGCACCAAAGUCAUACGCUAAGUGCGCUCUUUUGUGUAGUGUAGCCGAAUGCUAUUGGUGUACGGCGUACGAGAGAGCAGACAGCCAAUCCGCUCAAGCCUUGUUAACAUGUUGGAACAAUAACACAACUUGUUUCCUCAAGAGAUAACGGCUUCAGUUUUCGUAAUGCACUGUUUUGGUCUAGAUCUCCUCUCCCUGUGGCAGGUAUGGCGAUGGAUAGUGCUGCUGUGUACAUGUGCUUCCCCUGCUACCAAGAGUUUGACACCCUGGAGGAGGUGCUGUCCCACCAGCUGACCUGCACCACAGAGAACGUGGGGAGUGGGGCCCCCACCCCCGUCUCCAUCCCCUUCCUACAGACUCAGCAACAGGUGUAUACCGAUCCCAUUUCUCCAUCACCUGCCCCUCAGACCAAGGCCAGUUUCUCAUCUGUGCUGCUCAGCUCUGGUGCACCAGGUCUGACCAUGGCUAGCCCAAAUAAGCCCUCAGGAGACACGCCCAAGAUCCUGUACCAGUGUGGCGACUGUGACGCCCUGUUCCACUCCCUGAUCCUCUGGCAGCAGCACCGCAAACAUGGCCAGUGUCUUCAGACCAAGGCAGGACCCACCCAACCACAACCAGAAGAGACCGGCUCUGGAUCAGAACUGGCCCCAGAGGGAGAGGGGAAGCACGGUCAGGCUGAAGUGGAGGUGGACCUGGGUCCAGAUGAACCGAACGAACCAAACUCAACGGAUGACCAAGAAGGAGGAGGGGGCAGAGGAAGGGGGAGAGGAAGAGGUAGAGGAAGGGGGAGAGGAAGGGGUAGAGGGAGAGGAAGGACUCAGGAGAAUUCACAACAAACCCAGCAACAGCAGGAUGUAGUGAAGUCUGAGCUGCCAGCAGAAAAAGAGGAGGAUGGGAUGAGUGCAGAGGACACAUCAGCCACCCUGGAUCACACGUAUCUGCCAAACACCACCAAUAGAGGGCAGGAAGGAGGAGAGGAAGAGCCAGAAACAGAGAGCGUAGGGGAAUCCACUGAAUCUAAAGCCUCUGAGAUCCAGGCUCAGGCAGCUCAUUCAUCUACAGAGGCCCAGUCUGCACCAGACAGCCAGUCCAUCCCAGACCUCGCUCCCUCCCAGGACCCCCCAGACUGCUCUACCUCCCAGGACCUCCCAGACUGCUCUACCUCGCAGGACCCCCCAGACCCUGCUCCCUCCCAGGACCCACCAGACCCUUCUCUCUCCCAGGACCCCCCAGGCCCUGCUCCCUCCCAGGACCUCCCAGCCGAUAACCCUGGGGAGGAGCAGACGUCCUACUACUACAGGAUGAAAGCAGCCAAGAAGCUCAAGCCCCCGUCCAGCCUGCUGUGUGUGGACUGUGGCUCCAGCUUCGGCAUGGUGUCUGAGCUGGUCACCCACCGUAAGGCCCAGCAUGGCCUCAAGGAAGCCCUGCACCACUGCACCGUGUGUGGGGAGAGCUUCCUCAACACCACCCUCUUCCUCUACCACCGCAAGCAGCACAAGGAGAAAGGCAAGGAGGGGGUCACACAAACCCAGGCCCAGGGAGGACAGAUGCAGGAUGCAGAUUACCAGUAUUACAAAAUACUAACACUGCAGCAAGAGGUGGUGGAAGAGAUGGUGGAAGAGUCUAAAGAGGAGACAGUGGGGGUGGUGGAUUCCCAGAACAAUGGAACUGAGAAGCAGAACCGGGAUGGAACCCCCUCUAUUUCCACUGUCUCUACCUCUGCUCUGGUUAAGGUGGUCCAGGGCCAGAGUUUCCUGUGUGCCCAGUGUGGAGCCAGCUUCACUAAAGAGCCAGAGCUCAGUGCCCACCGUAGGGACAAGCACGGCCUGAACGAGCCCCUCCACCACUGUUCCCAGUGUGGCCAGAGCUUCAUGAACACCACCCAGUACCUUUACCACCGACGCCAGCACCGCGGGGAACCAGGGACUGGGGCAGGAGCAGCCACGGCCCUGCAGGGAAGCCCCCGUGCCCCAAAGAGGAUGCUGUCCCCCCCUGCCGCCUCGUCAGCUGCGUCAGGCUCACCGGCGAAAAUACCUGCUAUCAGGAUACGCAGCAUCAACGAUCUCAAUGAGAACAAAGACCAGGGUAAAGAGGUGAAUCCAGUCAUCCUUAAGGAAGAGCAGGAGGAGAAUAUUGUAGUGGGGGAACAACCGGACACCAACCUCCCUCCUCCAGCCAAGCUGAUGCAGGACUGGUCCCGCACCCCUCUCCCCCACGUCUGCCCCCACUGUGGCCAGACCUUCACACGCAGGGGGUUCCUCCGCGCUCACGUCUUCAGCCACACCGGAGAGAAGCUCUUCACCUGCAAGGUGUGUCAGAAGUCGUUUGCGUCCUCUCCCAACCUGCUGCGCCACAGCCUGACCCACAUGGGCACCAAACCUUUCCCCUGCUCCGUGUGUGGCAAGCGCUUCUCCCAGCCGGGUGUCCUGAAGAGGCACGGCCUCACCCACAGCCAGCCCAAAUCCCGCCGUCGCAGGUCCCGAUGGAAGAAGAGGACACCAGAGGGGGAGGAUGGAGAAAGCCAGCUGUUCGCCUGUCCCAACUGCACUGCUCGCUUUCAGACUGACCAACAGCUGCAGGAGCACAGACUGCUCCACACCAGCCACCCGUUCCCCUGCUCUGUCUGUGGAGAGGCCUUCAAACGCAGGAAGGAGCUGGACCUGCACUCUCUCAUUCACCAAGAUAAGGAGCCAGUGUUGUGCCCCCACUGUUCCUCCCAGUUCUUGAACCAGUCAGUGUUGGACAUCCAUCUGCAGCGCUGUACCAGCUCAGAGGAGGACAAGACUGUGGGCCGUGGCCGGGGACAGGGACGGGGACGCUCCAUGGGACAGGUGGAGUGUGAUAUGUGUGGUCAUUGCUGUAUGACCCAGGAGGGUCUGGACCUCCAUCGGCUGUCCCAUACGGGUCAGACCCCCCUGCGCUGCCCCCUGUCCCCCUGCAGACGGCGCUUCGCCUCCAGCUCUGCCCUCGGGGAGCACAUUGUGGCCCACUGCCAGGGGACUCUGGGGAAGGGCCGCGGCUCCAAGAGGUUCCACUGCCAGAUCUGUGGGAAGGACUUUGCCUACACCUCCACCUUCAACGUCCACAUGAGGAUCCACACCGAUGAGAGGCCCUUCGAGUGUUCUACGUGUGGGAAGCGUUUCCGCCAGCUGCCUCACCUCAAGGACCAUGAGCGUAUCCACAGCGGCCUGCGGCCCUUCUGCUGCUGGGUGUGUGGUAAAGCCUUCAGUGUGGCCGGCCGUCUUACUGAGCACGCCCGCAUCCACAGCGGGGAGACGCCCUACACCUGCCACCGCUGCCCCUCAGCCUUCCGCUCACGCUCCAACCUCGACAAACACAUCCGUCUCCACGACGACGGAACGGGUGGAACCACGGCCAACGACGUAGAGGCGGAAGGGGCGAGGGUGCUCUUGUCUACAGGGACGGGAUUGGGUGGCGAGGGGGAGUCGGCGGUGCAGACCAUUCUGCUGGUCCAGGCGGAUGGAACCACAGAGGGGGUGAUGGUGCCGGCCGUGCCCGUUUCAGAGCAGUCCUCUGGGGCUAUGUUCUCUGGGCAGGCUGGGUCCUCCCAGGUGGUGUUCUUGGGUGGUCAGGCCAUCUCUGUCCCCUCCCUGUCAGCCAUCAUGGAGGGACAUGAGAUCCCCUCGGUCACUGUGGUAGAUCGACAGGACGUACCACACACCAUAGAGUUCAUCCUAGAGGAGACCAUCUCAUAGAGGGGACUGUAGAGGAGGAAGAGGGUAGAAAGGAGAGGGUUUGUGAUAGAAUGUAUUAGAGACUGAGACAGAGUUAGACUGAAAGAUGGUAGGAUUUUCAGUUAGUCAAGGUGAAAUAAAAAAUAAAUAAAUAGUGUUGAGUUAAAUCAAGAUGUAUAGUUUUUACUGUUUCCUCAGUGCCGGGGCUAUUCUUGUUAAAUGGACCGAAAUAUUGUUUCAUUUACUUGAACGAUCUACAUAUGAAUUGAUUUUGACAGAGUUUAGUGAAGGAUCGGAUGUGUCGCCCUUAAGCUUUGAGAGGUGCUUCUUAGUUUGGAAGAGCAGAAUGUUGAAAUCAUACAGCGAAGCCAGUGAAGCAAGCAGCAGUUGUAUGGUAAAGCAUUUAUCCUGUUUACAAUGAGAAGUUGAACGAAAAGCUGAUUGUAAAAGUAUUCCCAGAGUGUGUACCGUUAAUAUUAUUUAGAGUGAGUUUUAUCAGGGUUGGAUUUGAGUCACCCAUAAAAUGUCCUCUGUUUUCUUUUUAAUAAAAGGCUUCAGCUUUCACCGUU